AUGGGGGCUAUGGCGGGAGCCGACAUGAUGGACGACGAAGUCUGGCCGACCUUCGAGGACUUGACGCCCUUCGAGGUAGAGCACUUCGUGCAAGACCUGCAGGAGUUCAAGCUUGAGAGCGUGGGCGAUCCGCGCUGGCUGACUCAGCACGAGCGGGUGGAGAAGUUGAACUGGACUGCGCACAACCAGGCCAAAGAGGGCUUGGAUGAGUUUGUGGUCGACCAGUUCAACACACAGGAGAAGGUGCCUGCCCUGAUCUACGACCUCAUGCUCAUCGAGGUAUGGAAAGAACGCAUUUGGCCGCUUAUCAAGGCCAAGAUUGCGAAGUUCAGCUCACUCCGAACGUACAUUCCAGUGUACCACGAGGCGUCGGUCGCCAACCUGCUAGAGGUCUGCCUUUACCACCGCACCAGCUGUGAGGAGGCUGGGGAUGCUCUCGUCGACUUGGUUGACUACUGUGUCCGGAAGCUGAGGUACUUAGUCUGCACACCCAACGACGAGCUCGUUCGACAAGUCGCCUCUGCCAAGGAGUGCACGGAAUGGGACAACGUGCGGAUGUUGGAUGAGCAGUUCGUCGAAUGCGAGUUUCAGAUUUGCAUGUGCGUGAUCUCCAUCAUCCGCUUCCUCACCGAUCAUCGUGUGGCAGUGCCCCUUGCGGUCACGACACGCCUGCUGGAAACCCACGAUAUUCUGCUGCUUCUGGUCCCUCUCAUGGAGAAGGCCGGUAGCUUGUGA